UAUCGUGAACCUAUACAAUUAGUUUAUAAUUCGAUUAAUUCAAAUAAUGAUUUAAGGCUAGGUUCUGAUGAUUGGAUUGGAGUAGAAGAACUUUGUAAAUUUUUGAAAACUUUUUAUCAAGCUACGAACACUGUAUCUACGCAAUAUACUCCAACUAUUUCUUCUGUUUUAGUAAAUAUUACUGCUAUUUUUUAAGUACUUGCUAAAUAUAAAAAAAAUUAUCCUUACAAAGAGGCAAUUGAAGCUAUGAUUGUAAAAUUUUAAAAAUAUUUUUUUCCUAUUCCACAAAUUUAUUUAACAGCUAAUUUAUUUAACCCAUUUUACAACAAAACAUGGUGUAAUGAUGAUGGUUCAAAAAAUUUACGCCUAUUUAGAAAUUAAACCUCAUGAAAAGCCUUCAGUUUAAAUUUAACUUAUAUUAGAUUAAAAAAAGAUGCUCCUCAAUAGCUCAACAAUAGAGCGAUUGUUAACUGAUUAAUGGUAUAUUUAAAUCCUACCUGGAGAAAUUUAACUAAUCAAUUAUUUAAUUCAAAAUAAAGAUGCUCCCUUUCUAUUGUAUGGUCCACCAACCCUUCCAAUCCCAGAAUAAUAAAACAAAACAUAUGAUACAACAAAACCUUUCCCACAAUUCUCCACAUUUCACCAGGGGAUAAUACAAGAACAAAGUUGGUCGAUUAACAUAACUUUCUUUUUUUAAUUUUAAUUAGGUGAAUUUUCUUUAAUUAUAGUUUAAAAAAUAAUUAAUUUUCUCUAAUAUUCUUAAACAUGCAACUAUUUUUGAGACUAAUUUUUUACAAACACAAGUAAUUUGAGUGAGGGAGUAUUCUUGAAAUCUUGCCUUUUCUGUCCAAUAUACACUACCAAUCAUUGAACCUCAAACUCACUAUUACUCCCCUUCAUGGGUCGAAUUGGUCUUUCCCAAAACAUCCAAUCCCACUAUUUCCUUCAUUCCACUACAUCAUUAAACACCCAAUUGUCUAAAGUUCCUAACUUUACACCCAAUUUCAAGAAUCCCAUGAAGAUAACAGCUAGCAUGGCGGUGGCACCCACGUGCUUUGGGUUCAAGAAUUUGAUGGAAACAGUGACAAUUGAUGUUCAUAAAGCGGAAGGGAGGCCAUUGAAUGUGCCACUGAUUGCUCCUUUUACUAUUGCAUCAUCAAGAUUGGAUAAAGUGGAAAAUGUUGCUAUAAGGGUUGAGCUGAGUAAUGGGUGUGUUGGAUGGGGUGAGGCCCCAAUUCUUCCAUUUGUUACUGCAGAGGAUCAAGAAACUGCCUUAGCAAAAGCGGCUGAAGCAUGUGAGUUCUUGAAGCAGAGCCGUCAAAUGACUUUAAAUCUUGUGUUAGCGAAAAUUGGUGAUGUGCUUCCUGGACAUGAUUUUGCUUCUGUCAGGGCAGGAGUUGAGAUGGCACUGAUUGAUGCAGCAGCGAACAGCAUUGGAAUACCUCUUUGGAGAAUAUUUGAUGCAGUAUCUAAUUCAAUAUCUACUGACAUUACAAUACCGAUAGUUUCACCCACGGAAGCUUCUGAACUGGCUUCAAAGUAUCGUAAACAAGGUUUCAAGACUUUAAAGCUUAAAGUGGGCAAGAAUUUGAACGGAGACAUUGAAGUGCUUCAAUCCAUCCGUGCAGCACAUCCUGAUUGCUUGUUUAUCCUUGAUGCUAAUGAAGGUUACACGGCAAAAGAAGCAAUUGAAGUCCUAGAAAAGUUGCAUGAAAUGGAUGUGACUCCGGUGCUAUUUGAACAACCUGUGCAUAGAGACAAUUGGGAAGGUCUUGGUCAUGUCAGUCAGAUAGCAAAGGAAAAAUAUGGGGUAUCCGUUGCUGCUGAUGAAAGCUGUCGAAGUUUGGCUGAUGCUAAAAAGAUAGUGCAAGAAAGUCUUGCUGAUGUCAUUAACAUUAAGCUUGCCAAAGUUGGGGUGCUUGGGGCGCUGGAAAUUAUUGACUUGGUGAGGUCUUCUGGCUUAAAUCUUAUGAUUGGCGGUAUGGUUGAAACCAGGCUUGCUAUGGGCUUUGCUGGUCAUCUAGCCGCUGGCCUUGGAUGUUUCAAAUUCAUUGACCUAGACACACCCCUUUUGUUGGCAGAAGAUCCAGUUUUCGGGGGUUAUGAAGUUUCUGGACCUGAUUACCACUUCUCAAAUGCUAGAGGACAUGGUGGUUUUCUUCAUUGGGACAAUAUUGCAUGCAGCAGUUCAUGCAUAUGAGAACAAAACUGAUGGUGUAUGAUAGUUUAUACGCCCUUACAGUUUAUUUCAGUUACAAGAGAUGUUAACAAUCAAAUACUCCACGCUCUCCCUGUAAACUCUCUGUUGUCUAUCUAUGUUACACAAACUUGUUCAUGGAUACAUAUUCAACAUGCGUGUCAGUUCAUGUAGGACCCACAACCAUGUCAAGUAAAGGAUCUAUGUAAUUUAGCUUUGUACAAGGUGAUGAAAUUAGUUUGGAAGUAUCAUACUACCAUUUGGAUAGAGAAUUAACCAAACCGAGUAUGUAUCUUCUUAAAGCUGAGGCAUUAUAUGGAUCCAAAUAUUAGCAUCAGUUUGAAAUAUGUUGGCCUAGUUUUCCUUAGCCAAGUAGCAAUUAAGACUAGUCGCUCGACUAGUAUACCUGCGUUUUCCUGAUUUGUAACAUGGUUCGUGUUUCAACAUGCUCUGUCCAGCCAAGAUACCUGUGGUGAAGUGACUUGAUAUAUGUGAUUUGCUUUAAAUCACACUUUUCUUGACAACAAAACUAUGAUUUGCUCUAACAUUUGAAAUUCUCUGCAGAGAUUAUCAUGGAGUUUGUUCACUCUUCAGGAUUGUCAUUCACAAUGGUCAACCCCAUUAGUUCCAAA